AUAUGUAAUUCAUUUUAGAGGAUCUUAUCGCAGUUCAGUUUGAAACCGCAUUCUGCAAUAACCAACCGCACAGCAGGAGAAGAUGGUUAUUCCGAUCGACAAGUCUAAACUUUAUUCCACUUGCCCCGUAAAUUAUGUGGGUAACAAUAUGAACCUCCAAUUUUCCACAAAUUAUAAAUUCUUGUUAAUUACCGGGAACAACAUUAGCGUGGACAUCGGAAAGAAUUACGGCUUGCUUAAAGUGUUGGGUAACAACUGCAAGGUGAAUAUUGCAGAGUGCCAUGGAUUUGUGGAUUACUGUGGAAACAACGGGCGAAUUGCGGUAUCUGGUAAAAUAGAUGAUGAUACGAUCAGUUAUUCUGGAAACAACGGCAACAUUAUCACUGAAGUUUAUUCCAAAUGGAAUAGUGAUGUGAAGAAAUAUCCGACUCAGCAGGUUUGCUCGAGUUUUGAAAAUUGUUUUCCCAGCGCACCGUUGAUAAUAGAAAAUAACGUCCUUAGAGCUUCGAGAAGUAUCAAAAUGCCCCAGAUAGUGUUCGGUAGGCAUUUCAUCAAAAUCAACAAUUACUAGUUGUUAUCGACGAUUAGAUAGUUGGAUUUGAAAUGCCGAAUAUAUAGUUUGGUUUUGAAGACUUCGUCUUAGUUUUAAGUUCUAGCGCAAUAUGUAAUAACAUUUUUAAUUAUUCAUUUAAUACUACAUAAAAUUUUAAGAAAACCUAAAAUAACCAAAACUAAAAUUAUGCAAACGAUGAUACUGUACAUGAAUAAUGUAGUUGUUAGCGACAAUUAUUUUUAUGAUUGCCAGUUUGAUCGUAUGGUUAAUCGAUGGUUUUGAAUAACAGUGAAUUUUAUAUGCUAUUUUUUCAGGUUUAGUUUCUGAGUUUCUGAGCUGGUUAAAUAGAUAGUUUAAUAAUCUUGUUUUCCAAUUUAUUUCUACAACAAAUAAAUAUUAUCUUUAUAACUC